AUGAGUGGGCUAUCACGUCUGGAAUCUCUCCCGCAAGAGUUAAUCUCUCAUAUAUGCCGGAAAGUAAUCGGCCAUCUGAACGACCACAUCGGUGAUCUGGUUCGAAUCAGAGGAGACACACAAUAUGACACUCCGUCUUUGGCUUCUCUCUGCCGCACAUCAACCCGGCUCAGGGAUAUUGCGACGCCUGUGCUUUAUUCUCGCUUCACGACACUCAGAGGGGCUGAGACAGCUAUGCGUUUCCUGGCGACCAUUUCCCUACGCCCUGACCUGGCCCAAUAUGUAGAAAAGCUUGAUCUCUGUCAGGGGACCUCUAUGGAGGAGAUUAUCUCGCAACGACUAUUCGAAACCACUCGAGUGGACGGAAACAUGACUAUGGCGGAGUGGUUGAUACUCAGCAGGGCAGCAGCUUACUUGGGCCUCGAUUACAUAUACCCUCCCAUUGAUCUAGGGGAGUUCGCCACUAUUGUGCAAUUGAUACUUGCUUACACGCCCUCGGUGAAAAGCGUCCACAUUGCCACAAUGCUGUCGGGUACUGUGUAUGACAAAUGGGGCUACACAAUACUCCAAUCGUUGGCUGAUCAGAGACCAAGAAGGGUAUCGCUGGCCCAUCUCAGAUACCUCUAUUUGGAACAUGUAAAGGACAUGAAUUUUGGAGGCAGUUUCUGUCUUCAAUACUUUGCGGCGAUAUUUGAACUCGCCCCGUCCAUAGAGACUCUUCAUAUGAAUCCCUGUUCUGGAAUUAAUCUGCUUGAGCAGGUUGCGAGACCUCGAAUCUCAUUAGCAAACGUCACAACUCUGUCUCUCAAUCAAGGAGACACCCCGACCAAUGCAGUGAGGUGGAUGGUUGGCGAUUGUGCACAACUGCAACAUUUCCGAUACUUUGGUUCAGAGUUCCCGGCCAUGGACGGCGUGACCCCCAGGGAGAUAAUCCAGAUCUUACAACUUCAUAAAGACAACCUCAUCAGUCUUUCUAUCCUACUGAAAGCAAGAACAUGGAGUGAAUUCAAUUUGAGUACAUGCAUGCCCCUCUUUGCGGAUGGUGAGCAGAUUGUGUCUCUCAAAGAUUUCUCAAAGCUCGAAGUCUUUUAG